AUGGCUUGGGGAUCUCCAUCAAAGCCCCCUCCACCCCGCUCUUCUCUAAGCAAAGUCCUCCCUCUCCUAAUCUUCCUCAUUGUCCUGGGCGCAUUUGCCUUUAUUGGCUACCACAUCUACCUCGUCACUCAACAAGUCUCUAAAUCUGCUUCUGACAGAAUGGCUUCCAAGAAUGUUUCUUUCUCAAAAGAUGGUGUCACAGUCGGAGUUAAAGAGAUGAAAAAUGAAAGUUACGUGGAUAGAACUCAAGGACUCUUGGUUAAGGCUUGGAAUUUAAGUACAUGGCCGGCAUAUCAAUCAAGGUUGGGCUGGAAUAGUCCUAAGGAUAAUGGGAAUGGGAACAGUCCAAAAGUUGAAGCUAGAAAACCAUAUUCGCGCUCCUCUUCCAGCAGAUAA